CCCGCCCCCCUCCGCCCGCGGGUGGGAGCGGGGGCGGCGCGCAGGGAGGGCCGGGCCGGGCCGGGGGGGCGCUGGGAGGGGUCGGGCCGGGGGUGCGGAGCGGAGCGGGGCUCGGCGGCGGGGCCGGGGCCGGGCGGGAUGCGCUGCCCGGCGGGGCGGCGGCGGGGGGCUGCGCGGGGAGCGGCCCCCGAUGGGAUGUAGCGGGCGGCUGCUGGGACCCGUCGGGGGACGGCGCGCCUCGCUGCUCCUCACCAUGAUCCUCUUCUUCACCUACUUCUUCUACUGCCUGCCCGGGCCCUGCGAGCCGCUGCCGCCCGCCCUGCUGUUGCCGCCGCCCGCCGCGCUCCCCGACGGCGCGGCUCCGACGGCAGCGGGGGACGCGGGCCCGGCGUUGGGCGGCGGCAGUCGGCGCUUCCCGCAAGCCAUCAUCGUGGGCGUGAAGAAGGGCGGGACGCGGGCGCUGCUGGAGUUCCUGCGGGUGCACCCCGGGGUGCGCGCGGUGGGCGCUGAGCCGCAUUUCUUCGACAGGUGCUACGAGAAGGGGCUGCGCUGGUACAGGAGCUUGAUGCCACGGACGCUAGAAGGGCAGAUCACGAUGGAGAAGACCCCCAGCUACUUUGUCACCAAGGAGGCUCCGCGGCGCAUCUACAACAUGUCGCGGGACACCAAGCUGAUCGUGGUGGUGCGCAACCCCGUCACCCGCGCCAUCUCGGACUACACGCAGACGCUUUCCAAAAACCCCACCAUCCCCAGCUUCCAGGACUUGGCCUUCAAAAACAUCAGCACGGGACUGAUCGACACAAGCUGGAGCGCAGUCAGGAUCGGGAUCUACGCCAAGCACCUAGACAACUGGCUGCAGUACUUCCCACUCUCCAAAUUCCUCUUUGUUAGUGGGGAGAGGCUGGUCAGUGACCCGGCUGGGGAGAUGGGCCGCGUCCAGGACUUCCUGGGUCUCAAGAGGGUGGUGACGGACAAACAUUUCUAUUUCAACCAGACAAAGGGCUUUCCCUGCCUGAAGAAGCCGGAGGGCAGCAGCAAGCCCCGCUGCCUGGGCAAGUCCAAGGGGCGGCCGCACCCCAAGAUCGAGGGGCAGGUGGUACAGCGCCUGCAGGAGUUCUACAGACCCUUCAACAUGAAGUUUUACCAGAUGACGGGGCAGGACUUUGGCUGGGACUGAACGGGGCCACCGGCAGCCUCCUCCCUCUGUUCUAAUUUAUAUCGGACUUUUUCCGGCAAGAAACGGACCCUUCCGGAGUAGAGAGAAAUAUUUAAGAAAUAAAACCACAGAUGACCCCUCCCUCCCCUUCCUCCCCCGACCAGAUUAAAUAUUCUUCCAUAUACAUCUUGCUGAUCUGUAUUAACCAUGGCCAUGCUGGUGACAAGUGCACGGUGUGAUUGCGUGUGACCCAACACGAGUGCUGGGAGCCUGCCUGGCCCCGUGAUGCCCACGCUGGGUCUUCAUUCAGGCAAAUGUCUGCACUGGGGGCAGGCAUUGGCUGCAGCUGGCCAGGCAGCAAACCCAGAGCACGGGGCGUUUUGUGCAGGCUGGGAAUCAUCUGAAGGAAUUUCCUCAUUAAGAAAAACGAUUGAUGGUGGUGGUUUGGAAUAAGUGCUGGGUCUGGGGAUAGGGAGAGGGAGCUGCAUAUCACAUACCUUCCUGUGUUCUCUGAGUAACCCAGAUGAUGAAGCAGGGCAUUUCUCACCCUUAGGAUAGAAAUCCCAGCUUCCCCAAAUUCACCCAAACAGAGCAAACAAAAGCCCCAGUCUCUGACCUUUGGGUUCAGUCAUAUCAAUAGAUCCUCACAUCUGCAGCCAUAGAGAGCCAUCAUGGGAGGCUGCAGAAAUUAGUUUAAUCUGAAUUAACUACUUUUUCCUUAAUUAAAGAUGGGGAAACAUUUAAUUAACCUUUAAUAUCUUAUUAGUGAUUUGCAUUUGUCUUUUUAAUGAGCUAAUUAUGUGUUUUCAAGGGCCCUGGGGCAUUGCAUUGUUUGCAAAUGUGCUUUGGCUGUGGUUUCUUCCAUUACAGUGCAUCCCAGCUCUGACCAUUCUACCACGCAUGCUGUCAAACUGCUCAGCAACACUGCUGUGCAGCGUGACGGAUGGGUGGGUACCACCUGUCCUGGAGGUGAUGGAUGUGAUGGGUACCACUUGUCCUGAGGGUGAUGGAUUUGGUGGGUACUAUUUGUCCUGUAAUGCACAGAAGGCAGAGGACCUUUCUUCACUCUUUUACACCAGUACUUUUUCCUUUGCCCCACUCAGCUCUCCCCACUCUCUUGUUCUGGCUGCUGGGACAUCCUCUGUGUCCCCUCCAGGAGACACAUUUUCUGUACCAAUGUGUGGAGCUGGGGCUGGCAGUUGGCAUGUUGGCACUUGGGCUCAUCUAGUUGAUGCUGGGACAAGUGACACGAGCAGGACUAACAUGAUGUGGGAGCUCAACGCAAUCUACCUGUUCCCGUAGACGCCACUGGCUGUCCUGGCUGUGUGUCCAUCCUUGUGAGCAUCCAUGAGCUGAGUGCAAUGCGUGAGCCUCAUGGGUUUAAGGCCAUAGGAGGAAUCGGGGCUUUUUUAGUGGACUGGAAAGAGGAGAUGAAAUGGGGCUGGUGCUGCUGUGGUGGCACUCAGAGCUGCGCGAUGGACCGUGCUCCGCUGCUCGCGGUUUUGUUUUCAGCCACGACAUUCGACCAAAUUAUUCUCCGCCAAGAGCUUUAAAGUUUCCCAAGUGCCUGUGAAAGCCUGGAAACGCUGAUAGUGAUCCUAUUUCCCAGCUGAGUGACUGCAUUCAGCCCAAGCCGUAUUGAUAUGCAAAACUCUCAGGGUCCCGGCUCCAAGGAUGGGGUCUGUCUGCCCUGUGAAAGGGAACCAUACUUUUUUAGAGCCCAGGCCUUUCUAAAGCCGCACAAUACCAUAUAGACUAUGCCAUUUAAAGCAUCUGAAGCGACCCAAAAUGUAUUGAAAGCUUGCUUUGCAGACUCAUUAAGACUACUCAAUAGGUUCUGGCAAAUACCGUGCCAGGGCUGACCGCACGGAUUAAGACUUUUGAAGUGUUACACAAACCCCCUGCUUAAACUAAUUGCUGCCCCACGGCUCACGAGGUCAAGUAUUUGUAUUCAUUGCCUCCGAGAGGAGCCACUUGUGGGUCUGCCCAGGUGAAGCCGCACUUCGUUGCAUCGGGACCAGAAAAGCGGCCUUGGAUGGGCAGGGCGAAGGUGCCUGGGAUGGAAUAGCCCCUAUGAGUGCUUGGGAUUCAAUGUGGCCAUCAAGCAGCUUCCCCACCACGAUGUGCUUGAAGGCAGCAUCAUCUCAGGAGACGGGUGCCAUCCAUGGCACAAGGUGUUGGUGGACACGCUGAGGCUGUAGGUCCGGCACAAGGACAAGUUUGAAGACCCAGUGUUGUUACAUAGUGGCCCUUCCACAUGUGCACAGCCUAAGCCUUAAGCUGGGGGUCUGCAGAGCGCUGUUUGCUAUCGGGGCAGUUAGUGGUCACUGGUGGAAACCAAGCUGGGGAGUCUGCACUGGGCUGGGUGAGGUGUAGGGAAGUCAGCAGUUGGUUUCCUCCCAUUGCUGUGUUUUCUGCACCAGUACUAGCCCAUGGACUCAGCCUGGAGGCUGUGGGGAGCUGCUGGUGGGGCCGGGGGAAAUAGCCCCACGUAGGUAUUUUUAUGACUUUUUUCCUUCUUUGCAUCUAUCUCAGAAUGCUAAAAAUCCAGAAGCCUGCAGGGUGGUGUUUUCCUCCGGGUGGCAGUGCUGGGGCAAAGGCACUCCUCAGCUCUGUGUCCACAUCUGCUGGGAGGAGGAUGCAAAGCUCCCGGUGCCUUUGAGCCCCAGGUCCCAGUGGAUUUUAGCUGGGGGAACUGCCAGAGCAAGAGGGGGAUGGAAAUCCACACAAGAAAAUCUCUGCUGCCAAGCGUGGAAAGAAGUUUUGUUCCCAGAAGUUUUUGUUUCCAUUUCUAACUCAAUUUUUGUUUUUGAAGUUAACUAUCCAAAGUGUAGCUGUUCCUGUGCCCUGGUGCUCCCACUCUCCCAGCUGCUACGUGAGCCAGGAAGAGCAGCACUGCAAUAGCCUUUCAAAAUUGUUAUUUAUUCAUUCUUCUUUUAUACCAAACCUAGAAGGAUGGACAAGGAAAAAAAAAAUCCACAAGAAAGUAAUUAAAAGUUUCCAAUUAUUGUGAAGGUCUGGAGGUGCAGCAGAGCAGCUAUUUGCGAUUACUCUUCUAAUUUUGAAGUGCCUUGGGAGCAUGUUUUAUAACCUUCGACAGGGACGUGCCCCAUUCCCUGCCUGCUGCACCAGCCCCAUGCCCUGUUCCCAGGUGGGGCUCAUGCUGCGAGGCCAUGGUGCACCUGGAGGUGAUAAAUGCAGGAGAUCUGUGGGUCUGGCUCAUUGUUGCAGGACCUGGCCCAGCUGUGUAGGUGGUGUCCUGGAUUGGGGCAGGAUCUGGCAGUAACUGGAAAGGACCAUCAAAGAGAACUGUCCAUGCAGCAGCAGCUUAAGCUCCACAUGAGGGCCAUACUGAAGAGGAGUGCAAGAUGCUUGUCCUACCAGCCUGGUAUGUCUGUGGUGGCCCUGGGAUGCACCAGGUCACCAGGAAGCUGGGUAUUGGGAACAGAUCCCUCUGGACAUUCCUGGGAGAUGCCCCCAUCCAGGAAGAUCUCAGAACAGCCCAGGAGAGCAUCACCGGCCAUGGUCAUGCAUGGGGCCACAUCACAAAGUAAUGCCCUGAAAGAAUUUUAAGGAUUUUUUUUUCUGGCAGUUUUUUAAAGGUAAUUGUAAUGCAAAGGUUGGGCUGGAACAUUUCUGCCUCACUGGGCUGUUUGCGCCGAGGAGCUGGCAACAGGCAAGCUGCUGAGUGAGGAGCUGGCGCUGCCAUAUGGAGCUCUGCUCUGGCUGCUUGCUAAAGAGAAAAUCAUAGAGGGCCAAGACUUGGCAGCCCUGCUCCACAGAGACUGCUUGUGUGAAUAAAUGUUACUCAUCGGCGUUGCUCAGUGCUACAGGAUCUGGCCCACAGUCAUAAAGAAGAACUGUGUUUGGCCGCGGUUCAGCAAAGCACUCACACAUGUGCUCGGCGUGAAGCACAUGAAUGGUCCUGGUGACUCCCUGGGAGAAAUGUGCUUAAACAUGCUCUUUGCUGGAUAUGUACUUCCA